UCCCGUGAGCCAGCUAAGGUCCACAGCUGGGGUGGAGCCUGAGGAGCGGAAGCCAGUCCUGGUCGUCAGUGGGAAAAGGCAGGCUUGCAGCAUUAAAGGGGAACGAAGGCUUCGGCCAAACCAGGUCCUGGGUCCUCAGCGGCGGAGGGGACCUGGUACCUUUAAGGUGGAAUGACGACCUGGUCCUUUAAAGGAGAAGUGUCGGUGUCGGUCGAGUUUCGCCCAGCGGCACGGGAGGGGUGCUGGCCUGCGCCUUUAAGGUCGCAGGUCCGGGAGGCGGAGCGGAGGCGGAGGGCGGAGGGAGUCGGCACAAGAUGGCGGCGGGAGGGGCUGGGGCUGCGGCUCCGGUCGCCGAGUGAGGGGGGGCCGGGGGCGCGCGGCCAGAAGCCCCCCCGGCCGCCGUCCUCUGCCCUGCCUUCCUGUGGCUGGGGGGGUGUCUCCUCCUUCCACGACAUGGAGCCGUCUCCGCUGUCACCCGGUGGGGCGGCUCUCCCACUGCCCCUGCCGCUGGCUCCACCGCCACUGCCCCUGCCAGCAGCUGCGGUGGUACACGUGUCCUUCCCCGAAGUGACCAGUGCCCUCCUGGAGUCCCUCAACCAGCAGCGGCUGCAGGGCCAGCUCUGCGAUGUGUCCAUCCGGGUGCAGGGACGGGAGUUCCGAGCUCACCGGGCUGUCCUGGCCGCCUCCUCUCCUUACUUCCACGACCAGGUCCUGCUCAAAGGCAUGACCUCCAUCUCCCUGCCGAGCGUCAUGGACCCAGGUGCUUUUGAAACUGUGCUGGCCUCAGCGUACACAGGCCGCCUCAGCAUGGCCGCUGCUGACAUUGUCAACUUCCUCACCGUGGGCUCGGUCCUGCAGAUGUGGCACAUUGUGGACAAGUGCACCGAGCUCCUUCGCGAGGGCAGAUCCUCAGCCGCGACCACCACUGUCACUAGCGCCGCGGCCCCCUCUGUGUCUGGCCCUGGUGCCAGCGUCCCCUCGGGGAGCGGGGGCACUGUAGCCCCUGCCACCGUGGGCUCUGUUCGCCCCCACACUUCCAGCCGGGCCAGUGAGAACCAGUCUCCCAGCAGUAGCAACUACUUCAGCCCCCGGGAGUCCACUGACUUCUCCUCUUCCUCCCAAGAUGCAUUUGUGGCGUCGGCCGUCGGCUGUGGGAACCGUCGAGACGGUGGCCCUGUGUUCCCAGUCCCCGUGGUUGGCAGUGCGGGUGCCACCUCGGGAAAGUUGCUGCUGGAGGCCGAUGAGCUGUGUGAUGAUGGUGGGGACGGGAGAGGGGCUGCGGCGGCCCCUGGCGCUGGGCUCCGGAGGCCUGCCUGCGUGCCUGCCAGUGCUGUGCCGCAGAAGCACUGGGUGUAUGUGAAGCGAGGGAGAAACUGCCCGGCACCAGCGUCUCUGGUUCACCAAGACCCAGAUCUAGAGGACGAGGAAGAAGAGGAAGAUCUGGUGUUGACCUGUGAGGAUGAUGAGGACGAAGAACUGGGUGGGGGUGGCUCAGGGGGCCCUGCAGGGGGAGAGCCCGAGGCUACUCUCAGUAUCAGUGAUGUGCGGACCUUGACCGAGCCUCCAGACAAACGGGAGGAACAGGUCAACUUCUGUGAGUCCUCCAACGACUUUGGCCCCUAUGAGGGUGGGGGGCCCGGGGCAGGGCUUGACGACCCAGGAGGACCCACCCCGUCCUCCUACACCCCCACCCACCCUCCACGACCCCUCCUCCCGUUGGACGUGCCGGGGAACCAGAUCUUGGUUUUCCCAUCCUCCUCUUCACAGGCUCCAGGACAGCCGCCGGGGAACGCGGUAGAACACGGGGCAGUGACCCUGGGGGGCACCUCUGCGGUGGGGCUAGGCAUGCCAGGUGGCUCUGGUGGGGCCCCCGGAGGGGCGGGCGGCAGCGACGGGAAUAAGAUCUUUUUGUGCCACUGUGGGAAGGCUUUCUCGCAUAAGAGUAUGCGGGACCGGCACGUGAACAUGCAUCUCAACCUGCGACCUUUUGACUGCCCCGUCUGCAACAAGAAGUUUAAGAUGAAACACCACCUGACCGAGCACAUGAAGACGCACACAGGCCUCAAGCCCUACGAGUGCGGUGUCUGCGCCAAGAAGUUCAUGUGGCGGGACAGCUUCAUGCGGCACCGGGGACACUGUGAGCGCCGGCACCGGAUGGGCGGGGGCGGGGCCGCGCCGGGACCCGGACCGGGACCGGGACCCGGGGCUGCCAUCGGGCCAGCCUUGCAACCUAAGAGGGAGUCUUCCGGAGGGGGUGGGGGCAGCGGCGACGAGGCGAAUUCGGCCACACCCCCACCCCACAGGCGUGUCUGGUCCCCACCCAGCGUGCACAAGGUGGAGAUGGAUUUCAGCGGGGGCGCACACUGAAGCGCCGCGGGCCCCCGGGCUUCCCCACUGCACUGUCUUCCCUUACUUCUGUGGACUUGUAUAUAUUCUAGAGGGCGUGGGUUGCACCAUCGCCAGCCGGCUCCGUUCCUCAGCCCCGGCCUCCCUCGGUUUCCCCUUCUCUCUGGGGCACACCAGCGCCCCACCUUUACGGAACGGGGCCCGCCCGGGGCGGGGAGGGGAAGGGGGCAUUGGAGCAUCCCGGAGUCACAGGGUCAACGGUCAGGUUGUGCUCGUUUGUGCCUGGUCUGUGUGUGUGUGUUGGGACGAGGCCUUUGGAGGCCUUUCCCCUCCCGAAGGGUACGCCCCUUACUUAUUUCUGUGCCGUCCCACUCUUCCCGGGGGGAUCCCCGAUUGGGUCUCAUGGAAGUGGGUGGAGACAAGGAGUGAGUCGCGUCGUGUAGGUUUUAAUUUUUAACGGUGAUUAAAAUAUUUAUUGGUCACUUCA